CCCAAAGUUAAAGCAGCCCGGCAUUCGUGUGUACCUUGACAAAACGCAAUGGUGGUUUGCUCAACCCCCCUUAACCUGGUAUCUUGAUCUCCACUUCCCACCUACUGGGCUACUUCUGCUGGAAUGGCUUUAAAGUCUCCUCAAUCUUUUUCUUUGUCUCCUUCUCAUGUUUCCUCCGGGAGAAAUGCCCACCCCUGCGCAAUUGCUCUCGAUGUCUUUGUUCCCUCUCUUGCUUCUUUACAUAUUUAGCCGUUUCUUUCUCUCCAAUGCGAGUGGAAGAAGAAACAGUGGCAAGGUCGUUGUCGCCAUAAGGGUCGGUUCCUCCGUGGAAACUUCCAGCUUCCGCUGUGUUGUCUGCAUGCUGAUGGUAGCUUGGACGUUGCUCGACAUACUGGGCUUGGUGAUAUUGCUGAGUUGACGUCUGGUUUGUGUUCGAGUAGGAUGGUUCUGUGUAAGGAUACCAUUGUCCAUUGC